GUGGAUGAAGGGUAUUAAAGGUUGAUUGGGAUCCUAGGAUGAGGUCCAACCAAGCUGGUCUAUGAUCUUUUAUACUGUCGUCUUGGCUUGUUCUCGAAGAGGUACCGAGGUCGUGUCCGGCCGACCAAGCAUCGUGAGUACUCGGAAGGAGGUGCGUCAUGGGUACGGUCUGACAUACAUGGGGCACGAUGCAAGUCCGAUGGCUGUUUCGCUAACAUUCCGAGAAGGCACGUUGGUCAACUCAAACAACCUCGACUUGCGUCAUGGGGCGCCCCGCUCGAGCAAGGCGGUCGAGUCCGACGUGGAAGAGAUGACUUUCGCUCGACGAACGCCGGACCAGUAGGCUCCGACCCACGCGCAGGGUCAUACUAUACCUGACGUUGCACAAUUUCGAUGUAGUGCCCAGAGCUCGGCCAUGGGGCGGCACGGCUCGAGCUUGUGACCUGACAUAUGAAGAUGCGAGAGUAAGCAAGUUC